AGACACAAAGGUAGACAUCGUGGAUGUUUUUUCUUUAUUGACUACUCCCUUGAGAAUAUUAUAACACCAGCCUAUGGAAAUGUAUGGGUGUCAUAAAUUUUAUUAUGAAUGAUUUCAAUUACGGCAGGCAGACUAAGUCAGAAAACUACAGUCAGAAGUCCGAUGAAAUGUACAACUCACCAUUGCUCAGUGAAAUGAUGCUUACACUUACAGUUUAUAUGUUAUGCUGUGACGAGAGGAAAGGAUAUCGUUUACACGACGAAUGAUACCUGAAGAAGUUGACGAAAAAAUGCUUCAUGCAGCUUUGAUCCCUUUUGGAGAUAUCACUGAUGUUCAAAUUCCUCUUGACUACUCAACUCAGAAGCACAGAGGCUUUGGUUUUGUUGAGUUUGAGCUGCCUGAAGAUGCCGCCGCUGCAAUUGACAACAUGAACGAAUCUGAAUUAUUCGGCCGCACAAUAAGAGUAAAUCUAGCGAAGCCAAUGAGAUUAAAAGAAGGUUCGUCAAGGGCUAUUUGGAAGGACGACAACUGGAUGACAAAACACAUUGGAGAAACUCUCGAUUCUGAUAAAAAAACCGAGGGAAGUGAAUCUUUAGAAACUGGAGAAAAUGCAAACGACGGCGAAACAAAGCGUAAUCAUCGAGUUUUCUUUGAUAUCAUGAUUGCUGAUCGAUCUGCGGGACGAAUUAUAAUGGAAUUACGGAAUGAUGUUGUGCCAUUAACUGUAGAGAAUUUUCGUUGCCUGUGUACUGGUGAGAAAGGUUUUGGUUAUAAAGGGAGUCAUUUUCAUAGAGUCAUUCCACAAUUUAUGUGUCAGGGUGGUGAUUUUACUAAAGGCAAUGGUACUGGUGGUAAAUCUAUUUAUGGUAAAAAAUUUAAUGAUGAAAACUUUGUUCUGAAGCAUACUGGACCAGGAAUGCUAUCUAUGGCAAACUCAGGUCCAAAUACAAAUGGAUCACAGUUUUUUAUUACAACUGAAAAAACUGAAUGGUUAGAUGGUAAACAUGUGGUAUUUGGUUGUGUCAUUGAAGGACUGGAUGUUGUUAAGAAAAUGGAAGCUACUGGUUCUGCUUCAGGAAAGACAAGCAAAAAGAUUGUGAUUGAAAAUUGUGGACAACUCUAAAACAUUUGUUUUUAUAAAUUAUUUUAUUUUUCUUGCAUCAUGAAAUUUCACAAUGUCUGGAGUGAUUACAUUAAAGAACACAUUUAUUAGAUACACAAAUUAUGCUUCAAACAUAAAAUAUGUCAUUGUUACAUAAUUAUAAUCUAUCUGAUUGAAAAUAUUCUAUCUCUUCAUCACUUUCUUCA